CAAAUAUUUAAAUUAGCCUACGAUGAAAAAAAAAACCAAUUCAAAUUUCCGGUUAACCGGCGGUGAUUUCUCCUAUUUCACGAAUUCAUCUCCGACUAUCCUCGCCUAGCUGAGAACUGAAAAUUGAAGAAAGAGAAAUAGAGAGUUUAUCGACGAGGAUCUCUCUCGGUGAAAAUUCGUUAUUUUCAUCAAUGAGUGCAGGUAAGUAGAAUUAUCCCCAAUUUUAGGGCUUACUUGUUUGGUAAAUUGUUACCUCAGCUGUUUCUAAACAUCAUUGAAUUAUUUGUUUGUGUAGAAUUAGCAUAUGAUAAAAUUAUGAUUGAUGGUACUUAGUUUUCAAUAUUCAUUUGUUGGUCCUCUCCCCGGAGUAUAUUUUUUCAUUAAAUUAGCUUAGGUAGUUCGGAUGAUUUAUUGGUCGAUCCAAUGCAAACAAACUGGAACCAAAUAGAAGCUUUCGUGCUUGUUCGGGAUGUUCGUCUUGGUUUAUAACUGGAUUGUGAUGUUUUUCCAGUAGUCUCAUUACUAGAUUUGAUACCUCAAAUGGUGAGUGUUGACACUCUUUUCAACAUGUACAGUAGUUUCCAUUAUUAAUGAUCUUUGUUGCCAUAGGAGGUGCAUUUGGUGGAAACAGAGGAGCAAGACCAGUGCCACCAGAAAAGGGUGUUUUCCCUUUGGAUCAUAUGCAUCUAUGUGACCUGGAAAAGAAAGAGUACAUUAACUGUUUGAAGAAUGAGGGUCACAAAUCUGAUAAAUGCAGACAGUUCUCCAAGAAGUACCUGGAGUGUCGUAUGGAAAAGAAUUUGAUGGCAAAGCAAGAUAUGUCAGAACUUGGAUUUAGAAAAGGAGAUGAAUUGCAAGCUCCUCUUAGUGAAGAUUAGGAUGGACUGAUAUAAUGAAGACUGAAGACCACAUUCUCGAAGUUUCUUCAACAAGAAAACAUUCUUUUAGUGGGAGAGAUAUGUUGACGUUCAUGGUCCAAACUCAUAUUUUAGUGACAUAUUUGUUAUUAUAAAUAUGUCAUUGUAUAUGAGUUUGAAUAUGGAUCUCGACCACCUCCUCUAAGAUGACCAGACACCAGUAUCAAGAAAAUGUUAACUCUCAAUAUUUGACCCAUGGACCAUGGUACAUCACAUUUCAAGGCUUUUGGCUUGUGAUUCAGAUUAUUGGUGUGAUUUUGGUGGGGAUUAAGGAAACUAUGUCAUAUGAAAUGAGACUGUUGAUUUUCAAUGAAGAAAAGUGUAGUAUUUACUCUA